AAGUGAUGGCUCUGGUCAUCUACCUUAUACUGAUUGCGACCAUUUUCCUCUUCCUUGUUAUAUUUUUUCUUUGCAACUGGUGGAUUGUCAUACAAAGCUCACAAAGGAAUCAGAAAAAAGAAAUCGGAAUUUUAAUCGUUUUCCUUGUCAGUACUAUAGGUCUUGUUGUGUUCAUGACUUAUUGCUAUAUAAGUUUAGACACUGUCCAAGGAGAAAAAGAAGAAAUGAAUUGGAAAACUCUGCACACCGACAUGAAAUCAUCCUUAAUUGACAAUUUUGUGAGUAAUGAUAUCAGAAGUAAAAAUAAAACAUCAAACCAAUGGAGUAUCCUGAUAAUUGAAUACAAGUGUUGCGGUGUAGAUACAGUUUACGGGACUUCUAAUAAUUUUGACACGACUCCAUGGUGUACAACUCAUGGUUCCUGUCAGCAGACUAAUCCUAGAUUCCAAUGUUCUGCUGUCUCGGAGUCAUUUCGGAGGAUCUCCAGCCAACUAAUGACGACUGUCAUGCCAGAGUCACCCAGAAAACAUUUAACGAAAAGGGGUGCUUUUUGGCAGUUAAAGAGAAGUUAAUUGAAAAAAAAGCGCAACAGAAAUUGAAAAUAAGGGGGCUUCUUGAGGAGGAAAUAAAAGUGUUCCCCAUAAUGGGAAUAUGUGUUCUUUUGCAAAUUUUUGGUAUAAUUCGGAGUGCUUGCAAAGUCGGGGAAGAAGAUGAAGAAGAGAGCGAGCAAACAAACAGAAGGAAUCAAACAGAAGACCCCAAUAACACGAAUGGCAUAAUGAUUAGCCCUUUGUAACUUUUUAUCAAACU